AUGCCGUUGGUGUUGGAGAUUACAGGCACCAAUUUAAAAGCAGGUGUGGCGGACUCUACUCGUCCAGAAGUUCUUCCAGUGAAGUAUCAUCACUAUAAACAUUUGCAUCGUUUUCCACCUAAUUAUCACCUCAAUGGCCAUUCGAUAACCCAAGAACAAAAAAAUGAAAUUGUCAAGAAUCUAUCACCCAAGUUUCAACAAGAGGUAAAAGAGUAUGAGAAGUACUUGGGUCAUUUUCUACCCUUGAUGAAUGAAGCCUUUCCUGUGCAUUUUAUUCGAAAACUUGUCCAUCAGAUACUAUUUCAGUACCUGUUGAUCGAUGACUCGAUGUUUGUUGUGGACCACAAUUAUUCUGAAAACUUUAAAAGUGUGAUACGUGACACUUUGAAGGGGUUAAGAGUACAAGAGAUAUUUUUCCUACCGUGUUCAGUGUUGGCUUCCAUAGGUGCAAAUGAGAGAGAUGUCUUGGUAAUUUACUUUACAAUGGAGUGUGUGAAAAUGUACGUUGUAAGUGAUUUAAGAGAAAUUACCAUCAGAGAGGACUCAAGAGUAAACUUGCUAAACAAAGGCGAUCACCAUGAUAUUAUUCAGGAAUUGAUUGAUGAAGUGAUUGAGAAAUCACCAAUCGAUUUAAGGAGAAAACUACGAGAAAGAAUUGUAGUAUUGAGUGACGAUAGUAAUGAGUAUAUUCAAUUUGACUUGACCCCUGAAAAGCAACAAUUUCAAUCUCGACAAAGUGUGGGUUGUUGGAUAGCCUGUGCUUUGUACGCACAGACCAUGGACUAG